AUGGCUUCACCAGAGGGGCUGGUGAGAUCCAUAGGUGCAGGCCGAAGGAUACGUACUUCGGUUGUUGGUCUGGUGCAGAGCAAAAGUUGUGACGUGAGGUCUGUUCCUGCUGUCUGACUGCCUUCUGUGUUCUCCUUGGCAGGUUGCCUCUCCCUCCUGGUGACGGUGCAGGAUGUUGAGCGUUACACCACCUUAUUUGCCACUGUCAUCCUCAAGUGUGACUACAGCACCUCAGCACAGCUGCAGGACGUGGUGGUGACCUGGCGCUUCAAAUCCUUCUGCAAGGACCCCAUCUUUGACUACUACUCAGUCUCAUACCAGGCUGGUUUAGCCCUUGGCCAGGACCCAUCUGACGACUGCAAUGACAGCCAGCGAAAGGUGCGCAUUGUCAUCCAGAAAUAUGGGCAGAAGGAGCCUGUGCUGGGUAUCGACUACCAGCAACGAAAGAUCACCAUUCAGAACCGGGCAGACCUUGUCAUCAGUGAGGUCAUGUGGUGGGACCAUGGCGUGUACUACUGCACUGUGGAAGCACCAGGAGAUACCUCAGGUGAUGCGGACAAAGAAGUUAAGCUGAUUGUUCUCCACUGGCUCACAGUACUCCUCAUCAUUCUCGGUGGCCUCCUCCUCCUUCUGCUGAUUGGAAUAUGCUGGUGCCAGUGCUGCCCCCAGUAUUGCUGCUGCCACAUCCCAUGUGUCUGCUGCCCAACCCGGUGCUGCUGUAAUGAGGAAGUACUGGAACGGCAUCGGUUCAUGAAGCAGGCUCAGGCACUUGCACCUUGGAUGUCACCCAACAUGUUCUACAGAGGUGGCGACAGGAACUCGCAACUUUCCUCUUACCAGCUGAACCCUCUACUGCAACAAGAUGUGUCUCUGCAGAACAGUCUUCCACUGGUGCAGCCACAAGCUCAGCUUUCCCCUAACAAGGGUGUUUUGGACUAUCUGGAGUCUGAAAUCCAAAACCUUAACAUGUCACAGCUCCGGCCACCCUCCCACCAGCGGCAGGCUGUGCAGCCCAGCUUGCUGUCCUCCCUGGGGUCCGAGAUCAUGCCACCUCCUCUCGCUGAUCACAUCUCCUCCAUCCACGGGAGCAGCAACUCCUCACGGCCACAGAGAGCUGCCCGCACCCCCAGACCCUGGGACUCUGCAGCAGAGGACAGGAGGGAAAACCGGAGGUGGCCCUUGCCUUCCAGUGGGGAUUCUCAUUCCAGCUACAGUCGGGAACCCUGGGACAGGCAGCGAGAGGACCAUCGUCAGAUGCAGAGGACAGGCGGCUACAAUGGCAGGCCCCAGCACUCCAGACGGGAUGUGUCACCCCCACGCCAGGCUGAGAGGGGCAAGAGCAGCAGCAGCAACUGCAGUUUCUAUCCAGAGGAGGCCAAGGAGCGCUCCAGCCACUGGAGACAGGAGCCUGCAGGGAGGCGAGAAUACCAGCACCACACCAGGAGAAGCAAUAACUCAGGUGGUCGGCGGCACAGCUACUCUCCCCCUUCUCGCCGGGGGUCAUGGAGCUCCUCAGAAGAGCAGGUCCGUCUCCCAGCAACAAACCGCAAGCGGCGGCACCGGCCUCGGGAAUGGCCAGAAGAUAAACCCCCCAGUUACCGCUCAUUAGAAGUCAUCCCAGGUCAGGACAAGAAGCACAAAAGCAGCGCAGGGCCACGCUCGGUGAGUCAGCCUUUCCCAUCUAAGGGAAGAAGUGGGUUUUGGGGAGUGAGAGUGAAUGUUCGUUACUUUCUGCAGCCUGUUGUCUUUCAAACGGAGGGCAAGGAGCACUGGGUGCCCUGCGCAGCUUGGUUAUGA